AGACAAGCAUAACAUUUUGUCUACCAUGGUAAAUGAAACUUUGCAUUUCUCUGAUCCUGUCCUAGAGGAUCAAGAUAUCAACAUAAAUGUUGGAGGACUAAAACGAAAGCUGAGUUCUAGUUUCCUUUCUCGCUUUCCGGACACUAGGCUUGGAAGAUUACUCACAUGUGACUCUGAGGAGUCAAUUCUUCAAGUCUGUGAUGACUAUGAUGUGACAGCAAAGGAGUUUUAUUUUGACAGGAAUCCUGGGCUGUUCCCUUAUGUGAUGCAUUUCUAUCAGACAGGCAAGUUGCAUAUUAUGGAAGAACUUUGUGUAUUUUCAUUUUCUCAAGAGAUUGAAUACUGGGGUAUCAAUGAGUUUUUUUUAGACUCCUGCUGCAGUUAUCGUUAUCAUGAGCGCAAGCUGGAAAACCACUGCAGAAACUGGGAUGAGGAGAGCGAAGUUAGCAGUGUUGAUACUUCCGUAGAUGAGAUUUCAGACUUCAAUCUUGAUGUACUACGUUUUAAUACCUUGCGCUGGGGUCAUAUUCGUAAACGACUAUGGCUCACAAUGGAAAACCCCGGCUAUUCUAUCCCAAGCAAACUGUUUAGUUUUAUCUCAAUCAGUGUGGUACUGAUAUCCAUUGCCACAAUGUGCAUAAACAGCAUGUCAAGUUAUCAGGUACUAGAUGAAAAUGACAAUGAACAAGAUGAUCCAAUAUUGCAAAAGUUAGAGUAUGUCUGUAUCUCUUGGUUCACUUUUGAGGUUAUUUCUCGAUUGCUUCUGGCACCCAACCUCAAGAAGUUUUUCAAGCAUCCACUGAACUUGAUUGAUAUUGUCUCAAUCCUGCCAUUUUAUUUCACUUUGUUGCUGGACCUAUUUAUAGGGAAAAACUCUGAGUUGGGAAAUCUUGGCAAAGUGGUUCAGGUGCUACGCCUUAUGAGAAUUUUUAGAGUCUUAAAACUGGCACGUCACUCCACCGGACUGAGAUCUCUUGGAGCUACUUUAAAGCACAGUUACAGAGAAGUAGGAAUUUUGCUUCUGUACCUGGCUGUGGGUGUGUCCGUAUUUUCUGGAGUGGCAUACACUGCUGAGAUGGAUGAAGACGUUGGGUUAGACACAAUCCCAGCCUGCUGGUGGUGGGGAACUGUCAGCAUGACCACUGUGGGCUAUGGUGAUGUCGUCCCAGUUACAGUUGCUGGCAAACUUGCAGCCUCUGGAUGCAUCUUAGGUGGAAUAUUGGUCGUCGCACUUCCUAUAACCAUCAUCUUCAACAAAUUCUCCCACUUCUACCGUAGACAAAAGGCCCUUGAGGCUGCUGUGAGGAACAGUGAAAGAAAGCAAGCAAAACAGCCUCUGGAGGAGGCGAGUGACUCCGAGGCAGAAGAAGAAAGCAGCCACAGCCAAAACUCUGAGGUCAAUAAUGUUGAUGAUGCUACAGGAACCAUAAAACAUUGCAACACAAUUGAUGUUGCUGCACUGAGAAAAUAAACUGCUAGACAUGUAAACAGUUACUAACAUCCAUUUUAUAGGCAAUCCUGUCUAAAGGCUUCCAAAGGAUGAAACGUGAACUCUUUCAGAAAUCUGAAGAUGUUUUAAAACAUUGGUAUUUUUUCAGGUGAAAUUUACAUAUCUCCUAUAAUGCCUUGAUAAAGGGAGGUUUGUAAAUGUCUUUCUACACAUUUCUGUCCUUUCUCAUCAUCUUCUAAGUCCUCUACAUGUCUUUAGUGGGAUGCUUGCUUCUUUAAUACUAGAGAAGCAGUGACAUUGUUAAUGUGACUUUUAAGAAAGCAGAAUAUCAUUAUUAUAUUUAUUCCUCAAAAUAUAUAUGCACUAGACUGAAAAAUUCAAAAUGUUCUUCCUCAGUUAUCACUUUGCACUUUGAAAGUCCUUAGACUUGAAAAAGAAACACUUCCCAGAUUUAUUACCAAGGUCAGAUGUAUUGUAUAUGCCAGUUAUUUUAUUCUUAUCCUGUCAGCCAUGACUACAGAAGCUGUUAUUCUGAUUUAUUUCCCCUGCAGGGCAUAAAAGUUUAUUUUUUUAUUUUAUUUUUUUUUUUUUGGCUUUGUUUACCUAGUAAUGAGAAUUUCCUGACAUUUUUCUUUCCUUUUUGAAUGGAUAAGCAAUGAUUACAGCAUGUAUCUGUGAAUGUGCACUUACUAAAUGAUGAA